AUGGAAUUUAAUUGUAUUGCAAAAAUAGUAUUUAUUCAAUGGCUUGAAAAUACUAUUGAUACAGAUGGACUUUCAUCUCCAAAGUUUAAAAAUAACUUCUCCAAGAUAUUAUUAUUUUCUUUAUGUGCACCAUUAUUUACUAUUGAAUCAUAUACCAUAUAG